UCGAUUUGGGCACCACUGGCCUCCUUGAAGCCCUUCGGUUCAGCGUGAGCAGUGGUAAAGCAAACAGGUCAGCAAUAGACAUUAGUAAGAGGUGAUUGGAGGAUUGGUGGAAGAAAAGUAGGGAAACGACAAAAGACGGAGACGUACAAAAACACAGUUCGCAAUAGGGGAUCAGAAAAUAUGGACGUAUUAGUUCAUAGGGUUUCUUUUUUUUCUUUUUUAUUGGAUAACCUAGGUAGAAUAUUAGGCAGCAUAGUAGCAAGAGCUUGGUGGCGCAACCCACCACCCCAUUCCAAAGGGGACGCUCAUAACAUCCAUCCAUCCAUCCAUCCAUCGCGAACCACCGCAAGUGGCCGUGGUUCAGCCACGAAGCUCGCCGUUAGCAGCACGCGUUUGCAGGUAAACAUUAGGAUUACAUAUGAUCCAGUUGCCAGGAAGCGUGAGGAGCAGCCAGGGCCGGUAUUUUGCAGCGAUGCCUUCUACGAUUCUAUGCUUUUUCAGGCUUUUCGCGCUUGGCCAGAGGUCAGAGCGACGGUCUGCCCACAUUAUCAACGGGAUCAGGCGGCCUUGUGUGGUGGAUGAUAAGAAUAGCAUAGAAUAAGGCAUAAGGCAUCGCUACAACAUAGCGGCCCAGGGUUCUUUGAAUUCUAUCGCAUUCCAUUCUUAAAGGCGCAGCUUAAGCAUCCUUCAAAUUUUUUGUCGAGUCACAGGCGCGGACGCAUAGUGGCGCCCGGGUCGCGAACGCAAAUAUCAUAUGUUCGUGUUUUUUUUUUUUUUUGCGCUGCGCCUUCUGGUGGCUAAUCUUCGUUCUUCCUUUCUUUUUACGAACGGAGCGUUCUCUAGCAAGAAAGCGCGGCAGACAAGGCGCUCUGUAGAUGGACACAGCCAAGACGAAAACGAACCGUUGAUUUCCGUUACGUCAUCGAAGUCGUCCCGUUCCAAACCGCCACAGCGCCAAUCGUAGGAGGGGCACAUGUACCCCGUUAUCGCCGGCGCGCAGGGAGAAAGCGCGGAGACAUGCACGCUUGCCCCCACAGAGGAUCGCGCAUGCGCGGAAGCGUCGGUCUCGACAACAGGGGUUGCGACGCCAGAAGGCGCGGAGUGCCGUUCCGCCAUAUUUCGCCACGCGUUACUGUAUGUGUCAACGGAACAAGCCCAGUGCAUAUGCAUCCGCUGUUGCGGAAUCGGCGGCAGAUGUGUGGAACGGCAGUCGCCGAUGGUUGUUCCUCGCCGCGUUCCGGAGGCCAUAGGUGCGAUAAGAGUUCGCCACUCUCGAUAGUGCGUGCAGGGCCCAUUUUAUCUCACGUCGAUGCUUAUCUAGCCAAAGUUUCUGACACCACUGAGUAACGACAAGCUCGGUAAAACAAGCCACCACGCCCUUGUGUAAGCGUAGGAUUCGUGCCCGAAGACACCGCCAUGCCGGAUCCUCGACAGGGACGAGUGCACCGUUUUCGCGACCACGUCGUCGCCGGCGUCAACUGGCGACCGACGCGGUUCGUCGACGAGGUUGCCAUUUCACGUGUGUGCGGCCUCUGCCGCGUGAUCCCAAAACGGACGGUGCUGUUGCCUUGCUUGCAUGCUCUGUGCCAAUCCUGCCACGCAGCCAGUCUUCAAGGGGGCGUUGGCCACUGUCCGCUGGAUCGAGAGGCAUUCGAAGAAGUGGAGUGCAUCGUUUAUGAAUUCCCGGCCAGGAAAGCGAACACCGUGAAGGUGUACUGCUGGAACGAAGCGCACGGCUGCGAGUACACUGGCACCAUGGACCGCAUGCUGGAACACUACGAGAACGAGUGCACAUUUCACACCGUGGAAUGUUUGCGAUGCGGCGAGGGAGUCCAGCACAAGGACCUGCCAACGCACUACGCGGCCGGAUGCAGUGCCGGUGUUUCUACCGCGAUCACGGAGUCCUCGCAACCUACAGCAGUGACACUCGAAGACGUGAACGCUGGCCUUGAAGACGUGAAAGCCAUGCUGGGAUGGCUCAACCCCGACCAGCUGCUGCCAGUGAUUCAGAGUCAGUUGAAUGAGCUUACGGAACAAGCCAGAAACCAUGAAGCCAGGUUCGCUGAGAUCACUCGCGAGAUCGGAGCAUGCGGGCACAAUUUAAAGGCCGAGAUUGAUCAAAUGACCGUCACGAUUUCAUCGCCCCUGUCGCACCAGCGGACGUCUCGGCAAACUCCGGGGGCGGAAGACAGCACGUCGAGGUCGCUGUCGUUGCGCUCGGGACAGGAGCUGAUACUCCGAAAGUUGGAACACUUAGUCCACCUGGAACACUCGCGAAAAGCUUCCGCGAAGCCUGAUUUCGGCCGCGUCGUUGCUCAUUGUGAGACUAUGUACGGUGCCUUUCGGAAUUUGACCAGUGCGCUGUCGACAAACGCGCUAAGGAAAGGCAUUCUGUGGGCCAGUUAUCUGCUGACCCUGGAAAACUGUCAUUUCAUUCAGAGGCCGGGAGAGGUAAAAAAGUUUGCUCAGAUUACGGUGUGGCACAUGAGGGACACGUACUUUACGGUUGCCGUUUCGAAGUACGGCGAUACUUCUGCAUCUUCCCUCAUUGUGGAGAUCGAGUUUAACGGGACGCUGGAGGAAUCUAAGUGUUGGCCGCCUUUCUGGCACGCGCGCGCGGUGGAUCAAGUAACACUGAUUGGACGUCCGUUCACUUCCGCUGCCAAGCCUUGUUUGUGCAAGCGCGAUAAUCCCUCAUUGCUACACUUCCACCUCGAAUUUACUAUAAACAUUGCCUCGCUGGAAAAUCAAGGCUACCUCCGAGACGGAAAGGUAGUGUUCAGUAUCGCGCUCAGCGAUAGAAAUAUGGGCUGUGGGAUCAGAGGAGCACCCUAACGUUCGUCAUCGCAGAAUGUGUACUGCACAGGAGAAUCCUCCUUGCCACUUCACAAAAUGUGUCACAUCAGCUUAACGAAUUUUUCAUCUCCUUUCUAGUAAAUAAAGUUAGCUCUGCUA